CAUGUUGCUGGGUCAGGGCUUUACACAAUGGGAGCCGCAGAUUCUUUGGAUUCGGUCAGGUAUAAAAGUUACAGUUAGAACAGGACCACCAUCAGUGCAGUAGCAAAGCAGUUCUCUGAAGAACUAAUACAGCAACCAUGACCAUGGGCAGGAUCAUCUUCUACGAGGACAGGAACUUCCAGGGUCGUUCCUAUGAGACCACCAGCGACUGCUCUGACAUGUCCUCUGUCCUGAGCAGGUGUCACUCUGCCAGGGUGGAGAGCGGCUGCUUCAUGGUCUACGACCGCCCCAACUUCAUGGGAAACCAGUAUCUGAUGAGAAGGGGCGAGUACGCCGACUACAUGAGCAUGAUGGGCAUGAGGGAGUGCAUCAGGUCCUGUCGUAUGAUCCCCAUGCACAGAGGUCAGUUCAGGAUGAGGAUCUAUGAGAAGGAGAACUUCAGCGGUCAGAUGUCUGAGCUGAUGGACGACUGUGAGAACAUCCAGGACCGUUACCGCAUGUCCGACUGCAUGUCUGCCAACGUGAUGGACGGCCACUGGCUGAUGUACGAGCAGCCCCACUUCAGAGGCAGGAUGAUGUACCUGAGGCCCGGAGAGUACAGGAGCUUCAGGGAGAUGGGAAUGAGCGGCAUGAGGUUCAUGAGCAUGAGGCGCAUCAUGGACAUGUAAAGAAGCGCUGUAGAAUAUGUCUAAAUAAACCAAACGUAAAUAAAUCUUUUUGACAAAAUA